CCGUCUCUUUCCACGCUUCCUACUUUUUAUUAUUCAGAAUAGCCAACAUAAUGACUCUCUCUCGUCAAGAUAUCGAAUUUAGAGUCUGUGACGGCACGACCCUGAGAGGAUGGCACUACCCAAGAGAGUCCCAGAGCCCGUGCAUCAUUAUGUCACACGGUCUCGCGGGAAUCAGACACUUCCUACUUCCGCCAUUCGCAGAACGAUUCCAUCAAGCUGGAUUUGCCGUCCUUGUGUAUGACAAUCGGAACUGGGGCGACAGCGACGGCGAGCCGCGGCAAGAAUCUAACCCGGCCCUGCAGCAGACAGAUUAUUAUGAUGCGUUCAACUUCGCCGUGACCCUUCCGGGUGUUGAUCCCGAGCGUAUCGUGUAUUGGGGCACUAGCUUUUCUGGAGGCAAUGUCAUCUAUGCCGCGGCGGUGGACAAGCGAAUCAAGGCUGCCAUCGUUCAAGCGCCGGCGGUGUCUGGCGAGACGCGGUCGCUGGCCUUCAAAGAUCGAAUCCCGGCUCUUUUUCAAGAUCGUGCGAACAUCGUGGCCGGCAAAACUCGUGGGAGAGUGCCGUGCGUUGCAUCUGACCUGGAGGCAGCCAAAACGGGGACCGCCCCGGUCCUCUUCCCUGACCUUCAUGCAUACCAGGCUCUUAAUGGCAUUUACGAGUCCGGUGGGCGCUGGGAGAACUGGGUCACCGAGCAAACGCAGCUCCAUAUGUUGGAAUUUGAAGCUCAGGCGAUGAUCCACCGGGUUACGCCAACUCCUCUUCUGAUGGUGGUUCCAGGGAAUGACCGUACUGUACGAACCUCUUCUCAACUGGAAGCAUUCGGCAAGGCACGCGAACCAAAGCAGCUCUACGUUAUCGAUGGCGUAGGCCACUUUGACAUCUAUGUUGGAGAAGCCUUUGAGAAAAACAUAGCUGUCCAGAUUGAAUUCCUACGCAAACAUGUUUAGCUCUGAAUGAUACUGACGCGGCUGCUUGCCUCGGUUUAUAAGAAAGGAAGUGGUGCGAUUGUUGACGGAGUGCCUGCAUCCCGGCCACGUACUAUUUCCGUACACUAUAGAAUUACGUACCAACUUUGCCGUUGCCCAUGUCUCGAACUUAUUUCCUAUCUAAAGGCGGCUAGCACUCCUACAAGCCUGGCGUUGCUAUUGAG